UUUUAAAGUGAUUACAAUUUUAUUAAUUGGUUUCAGUAAUGAAUGCUUAUUAUAAAAUCAAAUCAAUGCAAACACAAAGACAUUCAGUGAAUGCACUGAAGAUCUAUCGGAAGGAGAUCUGCAAAGAUCUUAUUGUCGACUAUAUUAUCGACCACUUUGUCGACACCAAUGUGUUUACCGCAGAGGAAGCCGAUGAUAUACGACAAACUGGUCAAGAGAUCGGUAAUGUUAAUGACGUGAUGGUCAGGAAUGAGAUUCUUGAACUACAAAACAACACAUUUAUGAAUGAAUUGAUUAAAAAGUUGGAGACCACCAAAGACUUUGCGUUCAAUACAUUUAUGUAUAUAUUAUUCAAAGAUGACAAUUAUCCAUGGAUUGCGAAGAACUUAUUGGCAAUUGUUGAAGAACAGAAUAAGUCACAAGACUUGAUCCAGAAGAAGCAAAUGAACAAAGUAUUCAUGAGAUAUAUUGAAGAUAAACUUAAGACUACUGAUAAUAAAUAUAAAAAUAUGUGUCUUCUCAAGAGAAAAGCUAAAUUGGUGGCAAUGGAUCUGUUGGCACAAUAUCUUUCAUCGAUUGUUAUGUGGACCGGUCGUUGUCUGGCUGUUCCCAACUCUAUACCCGAUAAGCAUAUCUUAUACGAUACUAAUGAUGGAUGUAUACGUAUUAUAACUAAAGACAGGAUUAUUAAAUGUUUCAAAUUUAUCAACAAAAAGAUAUCGGAAGCGCUCAUCACUGCCAGAAACAGUUAUGGUCUCUGGCCUAAUGUCCAACUAUAUGAAGAACAGCCAAAUGAUACAAUUACGAUGAAUUUUAGCGAUAUCUUCAGUAUUUUACUGAAUAACUCAAAGUCAACUCAAGGAUUAAUUGCGACACAUUGACCAGAAUCUACAAAGAAGAUGAGCCCGAAAAGUAUUCACUAUUCAAUGAAUUAUUGCAAAUCUUGAAUUAUUUUCCCGACAAGUUGUUCACCAAAAGUCCGGGAUUUGAUUCAUUUGGUCAUCAAUUGGAAAUAAAUCCAUCUUCAGUUCAAAUGCGGAAUCUAAGGAUUCCCGAAAUUUAUCCCAAGAAUGACAUUAGAUUCCGUCAAUGAAUGUAUAAUAUUAUAAAUUGUCA